GGUGUAGCCAGCGCUAAAUGGAACGCAGCCGCAGUCAGUCUGGUUCCUGUUAUUCAGCGCUUGCAGUACUAACUGUGCAGCAAAACAACUUUAACAAAGUUGCUCCUCAUAACUGCGGUAUCCUUCUUAGUCGCAGAAAUAGUUCGCAUUAAGACAGAGUGAACAAAAUGCCCGCGGUCUCUAAAGGGGAUGGAAUGCGUGGUUUGGCUGUGUUCAUUUCAGACAUCAGGAACUGUAAAAGUAAGGAGGCAGAGGUGAAGAGGAUAAACAAAGAGCUAGCCAACAUCCGUUCCAAAUUUAAAGGAGACAAGGCUUUGGACGGCUACAGUAAAAAGAAAUAUGUGUGCAAACUGCUCUUCAUCUUCCUUCUGGGCCACGAUAUUGACUUUGGACACAUGGAGGCUGUCAACCUGCUUAGCUCCAACAAAUACACCGAAAAGCAAAUUGGUUACUUGUUCAUCUCCGUGCUGGUGAACUCCAACAGUGAACUCAUCCGUCUGAUCAACAACGCCAUCAAGAACGACCUGGCCAGCCGCAACCCGACCUUCAUGAACCUGGCCUUGCACUGCAUCGCUAACGUGGGGAGCAGAGAGAUGGCUGAGGCUUUUGCUUCGGACAUUCCCAGAAUCUUGGUUGCAGGGGACACCAUGGACAGUGUGAAGCAGAGCGCUGCGCUGUGUCUGCUGCGGCUCAACAGGACUUCUCCUGACCUGGUGCCUAUGGGGGAGUGGACAGCUCGGGUCGUCCACCUGCUCAAUGAUCAGCACCUGGGAGUAGUCACAGCAGCCACCAGCCUCAUCACCACUCUGGCCCAGAAGAGUCCAGACGACUUUAAGACGUCCGUGUCCCUGGCUGUGGCCAGACUCAGUAGGAUUGUGACCUCUGCAUCCAUCGACCUGCAGGACUAUACAUACUACUUUGUUGCUGCGCCGUGGUUGUCUGUCAAACUGCUGCGCCUGCUGCAGUGCUACCCUCCACCUGAGGACGCAUCGCUGCGAAGUCGUCUGACCGAGUGUCUGGAGACCAUCCUUAAUAAAGCCCAGGAGCCGCCCAAGUCCAAGAAGGUGCAGCACUCUAAUGCAAAAAACGCUGUUCUGUUUGAAGCCAUCGCCCUCAUCAUCCACCAUGACAGUGAACCCAACUUGUUGGUGCGAGCCUGCAACCAGCUGGGCCAGUUCCUGCAGCACAGAGAAACUAACCUCCGUUACCUGGCCUUGGAGAGCAUGUGCACGCUAGCCAGCUCCGAGUUCUCCCAUGAAGCCGUGAAGACACACAUCGAAACUGUCAUCAGUGCCCUAAAGACUGAGAGAGAUGUGAGCGUGCGCCAGCGGGCCGUCGACCUUCUCUAUGCCAUGUGUGAUCGCAGCAACUCCAAGCAGAUUGUGGCGGAGAUGCUGAGCUACUUGGAGACGGCAGACUACUCAAUCAGAGAGGAGAUUGUGUUGAAGGUGGCCAUCCUGGCCGAGAAGUAUGCAGUGGACUACACAUGGUACGUGGACACCAUCCUCAACCUGAUCCGCAUUGCCGGCGACUACGUGAGCGAGGAGGUGUGGUACCGCGUCAUCCAGAUUGUCAUCAACCGGGACGACGUCCAAGGCUACGCUGCCAAGACAGUGUUUGAGGCCCUCCAGGCUCCAGCCUGUCAUGAGAACCUGGUGAAAGUGGGUGGCUACAUUCUGGGAGAGUUUGGAAACCUGAUUGCUGGUGACCCUCGCUCCAGCCCUCUGGUCCAGUUCAACCUGCUUCACUCCAAGUUCCACCUGUGCUCAGUGCCGACCCGAGCCCUGCUGCUCUCCGCGUACAUCAAGUUCAUCAACUUGUUCCCGGAGGUGAAAGGCACAAUCCAAGAUGUCCUCCGCUCAGACAGCCAGCUUCGCAACGCCGAUGUGGAGCUCCAGCAGAGGGCGGUGGAGUACCUGAGACUCAGCUGCAUCGCCAGCACCGACAUACUGGCCACCGUGUUAGAAGAAAUGCCUCCGUUCCCAGAGAGAGAGUCGUCCAUCCUGGCCAAGCUGAAGAAGAAGAAGGGCUCCAGCAAACUGCCCGACAUGGACGAUUCCCGAAAAAAUGUCAAUGGCAACACCGAGCACGCCGAGGACGCCGAAGUGGCCAGCAAGACUCCUCAGUUUCUGUUGGAAGAGCUCAUUUCCACAGACAGACCCCACCCCUCCUCUAGCGCCACCAUGCUCCCCACCAGAACCAUGGUUCCCAGCCACACCUUCACUGACAACCUGAAUGUGAACUCAGCCCCAUCCUCAGGAGCCAGCCUGCUGGUGGACGUCUUCUCUGACUUCAGCAGUGCUGCACCCACAGAGAGCUCAGAUGAACACUUUCCCAGGUUUGUAUGCAAAAACAACGGUGUUAUCUAUGAGAACCAGCUUCUGCAGAUUGGACUGAAGUCUGAGUACCGGCAGAACCUGGGUCGCAUGUAUGUGUUCUAUGGCAACAAGACCUCCACACAGUUCCAGAGCUUCUCCACAUCAGUGAGCAGUAAUGACGUCCUCUGCUCUCAGCUGAAUGUCCAGGAAAAGCCAGUAGACCCGCUUAUUGAGGCUGGAGCUCAGGUCCAGCAGAUCCUCAACAUUGAGUGUGUAUCUGAUUUCUCAGAUACUCCUGUCCUCAACAUUCAGUUCAGAUAUGGUGGAACAUUGCAGAACAUCGCAGUCAAACUCCCUGUAAUGCUGAAUAAGUUCUUCCAGCCCACAGAGAUGAUGUCCCAAGACUUCUUCCAGCGCUGGAAGCAGCUUGGAGCUCCUCAACAAGAGGUGCAGAAAAUCUUCAAAGCCAAAAACCAGAUGGACACAGAUGUUACCAAAGCCAAGCUCUUAGGUUUCGGUGUAGCUCUGUUGGACGGUGUGGAUCCUAAUCCGGCGAACUUCGUUGGAGCUGGAAUCAUCCACACUAAGACCACUCAGGUGGGCUGCCUGCUCAGGCUGGAGCCCAACGCACAAGCACAGAUGUACCGCCUCACCUUGCGGACCAGCAAGGAGUCCGUAUCUCAGCGGCUGUGCGAGCUGCUGUCAGAACAGUUUUAGCCUCCACACAGCGCCUGCAUUUUUACACUUUCUUACUCUCACUUCAAAUCAAAAAAAGAUGUAUUGUACAGUGUACAUUUUUUGUUUUACUUACAUGCUUUAUAUCCUAGUGAGAGGGAAAGGUCUUUUUUGCACAUAACUCUAGUAAUGCCUCACUGCUUUAAAGCUGCGUCUUGUCUGUCCUCACACUGUGAUGAGGCUCAUGGUUUGGCCUGGCAGCCUGAGCCGCCGGUACUGAGAGUCCGGGUCGUUGGUCUGGGAGUGUUUCACACAAUCAUUCUGUACUUGUUGGCUUAAAAAAUAGAUUACACAAGUCGCUCACAGAGAACGCCAACACUUCAGCUGUUUGUUACAUGUCGUCUCAGGAGGAACAAUCCCUCUUUGGUAUUUAUAAAAAAAACAUGUUUUUGUAUGUGUGGGUUUUGUUUCUAGUAAGGGAGUUUUCUAACACCCACAGCUGUUUUCUAGAAUCAUCUUACAGGGACUGUGAUUGAAAUAACAUGUUUAUGUCUAAAUAGAGAACUCCCAGGUCACAUUUGAGAAAUACUUCACAGACGAUACGAUGGUCUAUUUCUAAAGGGAUAAUUCAGAGUUUUUUGAAGAUGGGUUCUAUUGAGAAGUUUUGAGCAGUCAAUGUUUUACCUGCCUUAGAUAAUUGUCAGCGUUUGUGUUUUGCCAAUAUACUGACGUGUUUUUUUUAACAACGUAGACAAGUAACACUGCAGCUAGAUUUUUUUUUAACGUCUGUGGCUUGAGCUUUUCACCUCUAGACACUUUAUGUAGCAACACAUGCACCAGUGAUACGGAGUUUAAGUUGUUGCUAACUCAAAGUAGCUUCAAGUUGUUGGUCUGUUCUGACGAGUUUUAUCAGAGUUUUCUCCUGACUGCCUUUAAACGUUUUUAAAAAACGCUUUUAAAAAAACCUCAACUCUAUUUUUAUUCUAUAAAUGUUUGCUCACACCAAGAACAGGAACUCUGCUGGUCAUGAAAAGUCGAUUAGAGAGGUGGACCAUCAACAGCACACUGUAACAGUUAUGUCACUGCCGUAAAUUUAGACUUUUCUAGCUGUGUUUUAAAUCAACCAACCACAUUGUUGGAUGCCUUUAUGCCUUUUCUGAUGUUGAAAUAACAGUUUCCAGUGAAAUCACUGGAGUUGGUUGUUGGUGAGAACAGCAUUUAAAGCACUGGCACAUUCUUUUUAUUUUGUCCUAAAGCAUUUCUUUUUAAUGUCCAACUAGAAAUAUUUCUCCAUUAGUCACUGUUUGCUUGUCUGUUUUUAUAUUUGCUUAAAAAAUGCCUAUUUUUACACCUUUUUUAAUAAAAAAAAAAAACUCUUUAAUUGCAGCUCUACAGGAAAAUUUCGCCCUAAUAAUUUUAUGCCAUAUCUCAUUCUUAGCUCCACUUUUUUCACCACUCAGCUAAACUAGAAUUGCUGCUGCCUUUUGCUCCUGGCUGGAUUAGAAAGUGACGUUAACCUUGGAGAAGAAACAGUCAGACUACCUGACUUCUCUUGAAAUCAGCCUCCAGACGUUGUCUGGUUGUUCUGAUCCAUGAAAUCAAAGCCUGAAGCCAGACCGGAUGAGCUCACUGUCAUGUUAUGACAUGUGUUGAAAACAGCUGGACAUUAGAGAACCAGGGAGACCAGUGACCUCUGACCUCUAAGUAAUGUGACUGCAGCACUGCAGCUUUUCCACCUGUAGCCUUAAACUUUUUCACAUACUCUCUGAUUCUGUUGUUUCCAACGUGAACGUUGUUUGUUUAUGCUGUGAAUUGGAGUUUUAAUGCCAUACUAUUCAAUUGGUGAUUUAUUAAGCAAAUGACGUCUGAUCAGUUUUGCCGUUUACUUGCAUCAUUUCAGCUCCACAUACAUUGUGAAUUUAAUCAGCAUUGUCGUUAUUUUAAUGUUGGUGACGCUGAAGUAAAAGUGCUGCCGUUACCCAUAACCCCCUGCUGCACCCUGCUACCUCCUCACAGUAGUUGCUCCUUUGUAAUUUUGCUUGUUUCCCACUCGGGAUUCUCAUUUUGUACAAACCGCGCAUCAUAUUUAUAUGACUUUAAUAAAUAACACCUACCUGGUGUAGGUCAGGAUUAUGGGGGUUUGAUCACAAACUCACAAUUAUAAGAAAUAGAAUGUCACAAAUUACAGUUUUAUAAUUAUUUCUCAUCAUGAGUCAUUAAAAAUAUUUUAACUCUAAAGACAAAUUGUUAAAGUAGAUAACUGAGGUACGCAUUGUUAGAUUAGGGUUGAACAGAUCCUCCUCCUUCCAACGAUAAACAGUUCAGUUCAUAAAGUUCUGAAUAUUUUAAAUGAGAAAAACUAAAUAUGUCACUAAAGUGUGAUAGGUGAUGACUGAUGAAUUAGAUCCAGACAUAUUGUAGCAGGUGUCCAGCUGUCUUGAGUUACAAAUUCAUAAGUUGUGUGUUUCAGGUAUUGGUUUCAGUGAUUCACUCCACUGGUUUGGAGAUUAGCUGAAGCUUUGAACUCUGGGUAGGUUUCAUGUGUAGAGUUGCCUUGUAGUCAGUAAACUGAGUGAAGAUACUUUCUACAGUGGUGUUUGUUUAGUUGUGUUAAAGGUUUAAAGAAGCACUGUGAUCCAGUUUGACACUGAUCCCGUUUUCCCGUCUCUUCUUCGUUCUACAGAACAUCAAGGGGAACAUUAGGUCCAUUUAAUACUGCAGAUCAGGCCAGAUAACAUCCUCCCCCCACACACACAGUGCCAGUCUGUUACUGCAGGGCCUUUUAGCUUAUUCUUGUCACUUUUCUACAUUUUGUCAUUCCCACACAGACUUUAUUUAAAGGGGCAGUAUUAUGUAAAUUGACGUUUUUAAGCUUCACAUCAUGUAAUGUUAUUCCCUCACCAUAAACACACUUGAAGUGUUGUCUUGAUUCUUUCAUGCAUGUUUGAGAAAUCCUUUAAUCUCCAUGGCAACCAUUCAGCUGUUCAAAACGUGAGUGGACCUAGUCCCGCCUUAGAGGCACAGCUCCUCCUCAGAGCUGCAAUUUACAAGCUUCUGCUUCACAGAGCAGCCCUCUGCCACUACUGCUCUACUCAGCUCCUUCAGACUAGCCAGCAGCAAUUAGUAAACACCUGGUUCAACUGUGCAUCUGCUGAGAAGCUGAUAUAAAGAGCUUAGCCUGAGCUCAUUAUAUCAGCUUCUUCUUAGUUACCAACUGAGGCAAAAAUGUUGUUAAAGGGUUAAUAGAGCAGCCAUGUUGUGAUGACUUCCUGAAGGCAGAGUUUUUAAAGAGACAGAGGCCCAAUUUCAAAGCAAUACAUUAUGAAGCCAAUUUUCCUUCAAGUCAUAUUUGAUAUGCAUAGUACUUUUUAGCUUCUUGAUUGCUCUACAUGUGCCCAAAAAACACAAUACUGCCCCUUUAAUGUUAGGAUUUCAUGCAACAAUAUGUCCCAUUAAAAAUCUGAAGUGUGAUGUGCAUUUGUAUUCAACCCCUUUGAGUCAAUACUUGUGUUUUGCUGCAAUUCCAAACCUCUACCAGUUUUGCACAUCUACAGAAUGUUUGUUUUCCAGUAUUAAUACAAAUGUAUUAAUACAAAUACUACAAAUGUGAACUUGUGUCAUGGUUUCCAGUACAUUAGCUUUUUCAUUAAUAUCAUCUGACUGAACCUCUUGUUUUUUGGCCAUGUGUGUCUCUUUCAGAGCUCUGAGGUGAGAAUUCCUCUGAUGUUGAUCAAAUGUCAGAGAAAUGAGUUUCAGGAAGAGAACGCCUGAUGACUGGGUUAAAAUCAAUCAAAUCAAAUCAGUGUGGUUGAAUAAAACCUACCAGUAUGUCUGACAACUGAAUCAUUUUCAAUUUAAAGUAAAAAACAAGAACUAAUCAUUUCCAUAUUGAUGUCAGCAGGAGUCCAGCUAAGUCCAGAGGCAACUUUUUUUUUAUUUUACGUUCAGGUUGGCAAACAUUUGCAUAUGUUCACCUGAAACCUAAUGUACAACGCCAAACUAUGUGAUAAUUAAAUUUCAUGAGUGCUGCUUUAUUGUGAGCUUCAUUUUGUGCCUUAUCAAUAGAAUUCUGUUGCCAUGUUUUGUGCCUGACAAAAAAGGGCUGUUUCUAGAAAAAAAAGUCAGGAUUUGCAGUUAUGUUUAAAUGUCAUUGCGUUGUGUUUUACCAAAUAAAGUUUUGAAAACAAA